GCAGGUUCCCGCGGCCGCCGCUCGCCGUGGGAGCCCACCCGCCCGCCGGCAGCGGUGCGGCGCUCCGCGGACGUGCCCACAAACCCCUUCUCCCGGAUUGACUUGAUCCCGCUUUCCGCACCCGCUGUCGGGGAUGCCGCCGCCUCCUUCCCGCACGGCCUCGGGCUGGCAGCGCCUCCGGCUCCGGCGGGGAGGAGCGGGGUGGUGACUCAGCAGGCGGGCGCGCACCGCCGGCUCUCGGCUGGCGGGGAAAUAAACCGGGAAGCGCCGAGCGCCGCCCCGAGAGUAGCUGCCGAGAGAGGGAUCGGGGUCGGAAUUCGCCGAAGAGACCGAGAGACUGUUGGUUCCAGCAACAUGGAGGAUGAUGCCAGCCUGAAGUUCCGUCAGCAGCUUCUGCUCAUUGAUGAAAAUCUGGUGGCUGAAGAUGUAGCAGCUCUAAAAUUUCUCUGUACUGACUUGCUCCCCUUCAAGAAACUAGAGAAUGUGAAGUCAGCAGUGGACAUCUUUCAGCUUCUUAUGGCUGAAGACUAUCUGAAUGAGGAAGAUACUUUCCUACUAGCUGAACUCUUAUACAGAAUGAAAUGUCACUCCUUGCUCAAGAAGCUUGGUUAUACCAAGGAGAGAGUGCAAGAAUGUCUGCACGAAAAGGGAAGAGUGUCUCCGUACAGGCAGAUGCUGUACGAAUUGUCAGAGAACAUUACCGAUGACAUGUUGAAGGAUAUCAUAUUCCUCCUGCAAAACUGUCUUCCAAGGCGACGGUUAAGUCUUUCUGCUCUGGAAUUGCUGAUUUUAUUGGAAAAACAGGGCCUUUUAACUGAAAACAAUGUACAGAUGCUGGAGGACAUCUGUAUGAAUGUUUCACCUGAUCUCCUGGAAACAGUAAACUGCUACAAAAGGGCAAAAGUGUCUCUGCCGCAGCAGGAGAGCACUCUGCCAAUUAAGGAAUCUUCACUGUUUCACACUGCACACGUGACAGUAUUCACCUCCCCACAGGAGACCUCGAUCAAAUCUGUCGGUUCUAAUAUCAAUGACAACAAAGCAGCUAAUCUUACACAAGGUUUCUCUGAAAUGAACCUGGAGCUGCCUGGAGAAUUCAGCAAUGUGGAAAAUGAAUCCAAGAAGAUCACAAGCUACAAAAUGGAUGGCCUUCGCAGAGGAUUUUGUCUUGUUAUUAAUAAUGUUAAGUUUGAUGGGUCCCUUCAGGAGAGGAAAGGUUCUUGCAGAGAUGCUGAGGAACUGGAACGCGUAUUCACAUGGCUUGGUCUGGUUGUCGAGGUUUACACAGAUCAGACAUCCUGGCAGAUUAAAGAACUCAUGCAAACUUGGCAGCGUUGGCAAGACCAUAAAGACAGUGACUGUUUUAUAUGUUGUAUUCUAUCUCAUGGAGAGUCAGGAGCGAUCUAUGGGAAAGAUGAGGAACUUGUAUCAAUUCGCACGAUCAUGUCCCACUUCACUGCCAGUCAAUGUCCACUACUGGCUGAAAAACCCAAACUCUUCUUUAUCCAAGCAUGUCAGGGUAAAGAGAUACAGCGUCCUGUCUAUGUUGAAGCUGAUGCACGAAAUCCUGACUUGUCUUUCACACAACGGAGCAUUUCUCCUUCUGAAAGUAUUCCUGAAGAGGCCGAUUUCCUCCUAGGCAUGGCCACAAUUGAUGGAUAUGCCUCCUUCCGGCACAUUGAACAGGGUACUUGGUAUAUCCAGGCCCUGUGCAGCAAGCUACAGUUGUUGGUACCAAGGGGUGAAGAUAUUUUGUCGAUUCUUACGGAAGUUAAUGAAGAUGUGGGCAGACGUGUUGACCGCUUGGGGACAAAGAAGCAGAUGCCCCAACCAGCAUAUACCUUAAGAAGAAAAUUUAUAUUCCCAAUACCUCAAAAGCCUCCUCCUUCACAGCAACACCGAGGAUUUUAAAAUGCAUCCUUUUAUCAGCACAUCUCAUUUAAAUGCAAUUCACCGUACUACCUGUUUUAAGGCAAUUACCCAGAAUCCUGAGGAACUAUUAGCUUCCAGGCAAGGCCUCAUAAAUUUAUUGCCAAACAAAUUGUGAAACUGAAGGAGACACAAUUAAAGCAAUCCACGUGCCAGCUAUUUACAUCACCUAUAUAUUCAGAGUUAUCAGAGCUGGGAGAAGCAGGCUUCUGUCAUGUUAAACAUUUUUGUACCUGCACAGACUGCAGAUACAAAAGUUUUUCUGACAGCAUAAGGGUUGCAUGUAGCCUUCUGUAUCUAAACCAGGAUUGUUAAUGGUCUGAUUUAGGCUCAUUGGGUUUUACUUUUCAGGCUAACAGUUUUAAAUACUGCCUCUAAAUCCACGAUCUAUGUUCACAGAGAAAGACAAAGCUGGGAAUGAAGGGAACGCUUAAGUACGAAGUGGAAAAGGAUUUUUUCCAUCUGUAAUUUAAAUUACAUUUAACUUAAUGGAGAACCAGUUAAUUAUUGAAAUCAGUAAUUUGUUGCACAGUGCACACUGUCACUGUCUAAUGGCUAGCAUGAAGCUCAUGUACAAUGAGAUCUUUCUCAAACUGAGUAAAGCCAAAAUGCUGUGUAUUCACAGUAUUCCCUCUGUGAAGGAUUGUGAACUGUCAUUUCCCCAUUACUUCUGUGAAGAAAAUUUAGCAUAGAAGAUCUGCAUGGUAUGAAAUACGGCAUUCAGCCAUGUACCUGUAUAGGUUUAUCGGAUUAACUUUGUUAAGCAUUACAUUUUCUGAUUUUUGUUUCUUGUUUUUAAGAUCUAAAAUACAGCUGUAUGAGAAGCAAAGCUGCUUGUUGAUUAAGCUUCUAACAGCAUUUUGUGACUUACCUGAAAUAAUGUCAUAUCGUUUUGUUGUGAGCAUUUACUAUGUACGUCUGUCUCCUUCCUGUUUGUUACUGCAUUAAAUUUGUACUUCUUUUUAA